UCCAGGCAGCCUUCAACUCCAUUAGAAAAAGCAGCCCUCUUACUUCUCAAGAGUUUGAUCUGAUCAGAUGCAAGGCUGGGGCAUCGUGGCGGAAUGAAGCAAGGUGGUCAGAUGCUUCUGUAACAACCUACGCAGGCAGUUACCGGAAAAAACAACUGGAUGAAGCCACGUGCAGCCCAUUUAAAGCAGGACAGCGUUGGCCUGCGUGUUGCCAGAUGUCCUCACCAAACUGCUCAUCUUGCAAUCCCACACUCUGCAGGGAUGGUCCCCAGGACACAGCAGAUGUUAAAGGAUUAUUCCCUCAUAUAACCAGUUCCUUCAGAAAGUCCCUUGAUGUCAAGCACAGAGUGGCACACCAAAUCCUGUCUGGUGUUUUUUCUCCAGCACCUCCAAAUUAUGAAAAAUCAGAUGCAAGGAUUAAAAAGCCAGCAUCUGAGAAUCUGAUAAACUACAAUCGACGAAGGACAGACUUUCUGAGGCGUGUAAGCAUCUUUUUACUUGUCACCCAGCAGUGGAUCCCUGAGGUAGCAUCACCUCCGGAACCAUGGGACUCUGCAAGCAAGGUGGCCUCGUCUGAAGACUCAGAUGCUGAUCAAUACUACGUUUAUAGCCUGGGAGGACCGGUAAGCGGCAUGUAGCCGAGUCAGAAACAAAGCUGGAAGCCCGGAGUGGGCUUAAUUAACGACGUUGAGGUAUGAGAGUGCUCGAGAACACGCACUCAGGCCUGGUUUCCUGGACACUUCCCUGCGCUUCAAAUGCCUUCGUCCCUCAAGGUUUGUUCUCUUUAAUUGGAAGAGGGUACAAAAGUUAUCGUUAUCAUCAUUAUUAAAUUUUCCUUGAAAAUAAA